UGCCAGUUUGAGUCGGGACACAGUGAGGAGAGGUUGGAGCUAGUGCGAAAGAAGUGUACCGGCAUUUUCUGUUGACAGUGAAAGCACAUUUGAUGCCAGAUGGGAGGCUGUUGCUCUAGAACGAAGACGCUGGAAACGGCAGUCCAAAGACCGCCCGUAGCCAUGCAGAUCCAGGGCAGCGUCGUCCUCAUCACAGGGGCAGCUCGGGGCUUGGGUCGAUGCUUCGCAGAGACACUCCUGGCUCGCGGCGCCAAGGUGUGUCUGACGGACAUCGAUGCCGACGCAGGCGCAGAGGCCGUCGCGGAACUUCAGGCGCAACAUGGCAGCGACAAUGCAAUGUUCUUCAAGUGUGAUGUCACUAAGGAUGAGGACUUCAAUGGGGCGUGGGACGCAGCCGUCGAGAAGUUCGGGCCCGUCACGCUGCUCGUCAACAACGCCGGCCUCGGAAACGAACAGAACUGGCAGCUCACGCUCAACGUCAAUAUUGGCGGCUGCACGCGUGGCACCCUGCUGGCCUUGGAGCGCAUGGGCGUGAGCAAGGGCGGCGCCGGGGGAUCGGUAGUCAAUGUCUCCAGCAUCACAGGGCUCAAGCCGGCGCCCUUCGGACCCAUCUACUGCGCCACCAAACACGCCAUCGUCGGCCUCACCAGGAGCCUCGGGCACGCCUUCCACCACAGCAUGAGCAAGGUGACGGUGCAGGCGCUGUGCCCGAGCCUCGUGAAGACCGACCUCCUCGCCAACUCCUCCAAGACCGCCUUCUCGCCCGAGGUGGCGGCGGCGAUGCUCAAGCUCGGGGGAUCCAUCAAGAUCAUGACGCCCGAAUACGUUUCAGCAGCUCUAGUGAAGUUAAUAGAGGAGGGACCGAACGGAGGUUGCAUGGCGGUCGAAGCGGACAAAGAGCCCUACCUCGUGGAGCCGCCGAUUCCCCUUUAAGCAAGAUCUUUACUCCUUCAAGAGCACGUUCUCCUUUGCCGGAAUGGAGUCGGUGUGUCACGGCCAAUGUUCCUUUUUAAGUCUUCUUUUUUUGGGGUAUUUAUUGGUCUUUUCUUGUCACUGUGGAGAUUUUUUAUAAAGAUCUGCAUCUAAUAUUCCGUGUGGUGUGAGUAGGCUGCUAAUAUUUUACCGUUUUUUUCGAAAUGUUAAGUAUAGUCAUUACAUUUACCUCUGAUAUGUGGAAUUUCUGCAUGUUUAUACUAUGUAGUAGUUCUCGCAGCUCAUGCUUUCUCAUAAUAUAUAUAUAUACAUAUAUAUACAUAUAUAUACAUAUACAUAUACAUAUACAUAUACAUAUAGAUAAACAUACACACACACACACACAAUAUAUAUAUAUAUAAAUAUAUAUAUACAUAUAUACAUAUACAUAUAUACAUAUACAUAUACAUAUACACAGAUACAGACACACACACAUACAUAUAUCAAUAUAUACAUAUACAGAUUUAUUAAAACUUGAUUAUUAUGACAGCUCUUUUUAUAUGGUCUUUUAUUAUGUGAAUCAUACUGAAUGCUGUAUUAUCCUGAUAAUUUCCUAAUAUAAGUUUGGUAAUGAUGUAAGUUAGCAAAUAUACGUCAGAAGUAUUUGGAUAUUAUCCCAAUGUGCCAAGGAAAGCUAUAUUUUAAGAUGGUUAAACCUUACAGUGAGUGUUGACAGUACAAAAUGUUGACAUUCAGCUUAAGAGAACCGACCCGUAAUAGUUAACAUGUGUCUAAGUCUACCUGAGCGAGUGUAUAUGAAUCUAUGUGCGUUUGGUCAAACGACCGUCAACAUUUAUCAUCAUAUUCUGUUCAUCUGUGUUGUAUGUUGAAGGCUGAUUUGCAAUUCAAUAAAUCAAUGAAUUUCUUA